GACGCGUAAGGUUUGCUACAAAUACUAGACGGAACACAAAAUGCAAUUUUUUGUUUAAAAGUAAUAAAUAUUAAGUGAACAAAUUUGUGGAGCAUUGCAUAACAAAUCUUGAGGAAAAAAUGAGUCGCUGGCUUUGGUUGGGGUAUUUCCUGCUGCUGCCCUUGGCAAAUACGACACCGCCAGUUAGCUUUGAGGCAAAUCCGGACACGAAACGCCUUUAUGAUGAUUUAUUGAGUAAUUAUAAUCGCUUGAUACGGCCCGUUGUGAACAAUACGGAGACCCUCACAGUUUGGCUGGGCCUGAAGCUGUCCCAGCUGAUUGAGGUCAAUCUAAAGAAUCAGGUGAUGACCACCAAUUUGUGGGUCAAGCAGCGCUGGUUUGACUAUAAGCUGCGCUGGGAUCCGGAGGAGUACGGCGGCGUGGAGCAGUUGUAUGUGCCCUCCGAGCACAUUUGGGUGCCCGACAUUGUGCUCUACAAUAACUGGGAUGGUAACUAUGAGGUCACACUCAUGACAAAGGCCACUCUGAAAUAUACGGGGGAGGUGUUUUGGGAGCCACCAGCGAUUUACAAGUCAUCCUGUGAAAUGAACGUCGAAUAUUUUCCAUACGAUGAACAAAUUUGUUUCAUGAAAUUCGGCUCAUGGACCUAUAAUGGCGCCCAAGUGGAUCUAAAACAUUUGGAUCAGGUGCCUGGCAGCAAUCUUGUGCAGGUGGGCAUCGAUUUAAGUGAAUUCUAUUUGUCUGUCGAGUGGGAUGUACUCGAAGUGCCGGCUACUAAAAACGAGGAAUACUAUCCGGACACAUUGGAGCCAUUUUCAGAUAUUACCUUCAAGUUGACCAUGCGGCGUAAAACGUUGUUUUAUACGGUGAAUUUGAUUGUGCCCUGCGUGGCAUUAACGUUUCUCACCGUUUUGGUCUUUUAUCUGCCCAGCGAUUCGGGCGAGAAGGUUACGUUAUGUAUUUCAAUACUCGUGUCUUUGACUGUGUUCUUCUUGCUAUUGGCCGAAAUAAUACCGCCCACAUCGUUGGCGGUGCCCCUGCUGGGCAAGUACCUACUCUUUACCAUGAUACUCGUCUCUCUGUCCGUUUGGACAACGGUCUGCGUGCUCAACAUACACUUCAGGUCCCCAUCGACCCACAAUAUGUCGCCGCUAGUUCGCAAAUUGUUCCUGCACUUCAUGCCCAAGCUGAUGAUGAUGCGACGCACUCAGUACACUCUGCCCGACUACGACGAUUCGACGCCCAGCAAUGGCUAUACCAACGAGAUCGAUGUACGCGACAGCAUCAGCGACUUUCCCAGCGAGUUUAAAGACAGCCAGGACGGCGCUUACGAUAAUGGCAUGCAGCACUCAGUGGACUUGACAGAUUCUGACAAUGUGAUACCGCGCAACUUAACACCCGAAGUGCUGCAGGCAUUGCGUGCGGUCAGAUUUAUUGCGCAGCAUAUCAAGGAUGCCGACAAGGAUAACGAGAUUGUCGAAGAUUGGAAAUUUGUGUCCAUGGUCCUGGAUCGCUUCUUCCUCUGGUUGUUUACGCUGUCGUGUGUGUUCGGUACUUGCGCCAUCAUCUGCCAGUCGCCCUCACUUUAUGACACCCGCUCACCCGUCGACAGGCUGUACAGUGAGAUUCCAUUGCGUAAAAGCAAUUUCAUGCUGCCGCCGGACAUUGUCAGGCAGGUAGUUAAUUAGAUGCGGAAAGGUCUUCAAGAGAAAAGAGACCUCGAAAAAGUUAACAAUUA